AUGCUUCGGACGCCGAUGUGGUGCCGGCCGAAGGCUCUCCGAAGCUUAAGCCAGCUAAGAGUGGUACCUUUAGCAGAGGAAGUGAAAGUGGGAGGUUUGUGUAGAUUUCCGAUGUGGGACUUUGUGCAAGUCGCUACGGUGGUGACACGUGUCAUGGAGAUUAGGGGGAGAAGGCGUGUCUGCCUUGGUGCUAGUUGUUUUGAGGCUAGAUAUGCUCAGUUGCUUAUGGUGUAA